UAAAAGUCAAAUUAAACAGAAAUGUUCACAAAAAGUUGCUCUACUGGUUGGUGUACUUGGUUCUAGUAAAUUUCAAGGAAAACUCCAGAUAUCCAGUAUCAUUUAGACACGACCGCUUGGAAGGCUGGGAAUGGGUAUAUUUCCCCUAUAGCUACAAACUCGAUAGUGAUGGUUCUUUUCCCACCCCCUCUCACUUUUCGCAGGAAUACGCGAACCAGCUCGGCAUCCCGUUCCUGGAGACGUCCGCGAAGAACGCCACCAAUGUGGAGCAAGCAUUCAUGACGAUGGCGGCGGAGAUCAAGAACCGCGUCGGACCCCCCUCGAGCGCAGCGGAAGCGCCCAGCGCCGUCAAGAUCGACAAGAGCCGCAACGUCGAGGCCAAGGGCGGCUGCUGCUGAACAGCUGGUUGUGCCCCAGGAGACGCAGGAGGAGGUGGUGGUCAGACGGUGGCGGAGGCGGUUGGAGGACGUUGGCAGCCCCCACAAAGGAAUGGAAAGCAAACAGAAGCAGACCGGUUUGGUCUGCGCUCCGGUUUAUUGAUAUAUAUAUUGAUUAUGAUUUUUGUGUCUUGUACAUUUCCCCUUCUUGAAAUAAAGAUGAAACAAGUGCGCGUGUUUUUGCCGCCGCAGCAAGAAUAAUAAAAAAAGAAACAAUUGAUUAAACAAAACAACAACACAAGAGGGCUUCAGCUUCUUCCUCUCUAAGCUAAUUACUACUACUAUUAUAUUAUUCAAACACACACACACACACAGACACCUCUCAGCAAACACAACAACAUUGAUGAUCUUCACUGUCCAAAGCGAGAGGGGCCGAUUUAACAAAUUUAAUUAGAGAAAAACAUCAAAAGUAAUAACCAGUUUAGUAUGAUUUAACCAGCAGUAAUAGAACAGAAAGACAUGCGUGCCGAGCGAAUUAGUGAAGAAGUAAAACAAUGGGAGGUGAAAAUAAAGAAAAAAGAACGCUAGCAUAAGGAGAAACAUAUUAUUCAUUAGAGGAAAUACUUUUACUAGAGAGAACCAACCAAGAGAAAGAAAAGAAGUAAAAACAAAUGAUUAGAACAUUAACAAAUGGUGAAGCAAAGUCUUGAAGCUGUUUGGAGGCAUUACCAGCAGAAAAAAAAUUAUAUACAAUUUAGGCACGCAAUUAAACGCGCGAAAGCAUGGUAAAUGAAUUCAACAAUAAACUUUGUUAAACUGCA